GGUGCUUUUAUUGGAUGUGCCGCUGUCAAGCAGUGCUGAAGAAUUGGAAGGGCAAACGCCAGAAAAGGCAGAGAAAAGACAAACAUUAAAUCAGCAUUAUGUAGCUCGGAUCCUGCCUUACCUCCGCUCUCGGCUGCCUGAGAAAAUCCGACCGUCCCCGAAUUCAGAUCCGAAACUUGUGGACGCGGAGCGGUCGUUUUUUUUUUUCUUUCUUUUUUUUUUGUAGAUUUUUUUCCCCCCUCUGUGUCUCUCUCUCAAGCGAUUGCUUUCUCCGGAGGUGGUUCUUCCAACACCAUCUGACAGCUUCAGAGAUCAGAUUUUUUUUUUCUUCUGGUAGUAUUAUUUUUAUUUUUAUUUUAUUUUCCCCAGAAUGAGAGAAAACCGCGGAGCCUGGUAACACCGCAGCCAAUUGCACCCGGGGUUUUGGACCUCUUAUAUCAGGCGGAUCAUCCUCAGCCGGGCAGCGGAUGCCUGAAUGGAGACUGCGAACCCAUCCAGCGAGAUCUCCCUCCGCUCCCCGAACUGCUGAAUCUGUGGGGCUGAUAAAUGGAGUGUGGAGCCGGGCUGCUGCUGCUCAAUGGCAUUAUGUUUGACGGAGGCUGUGUGACACCGGAGCGCCUGGGCAGAAAAACAAUGUGCGGCGUGAAUAUUCCAGCCUGUUGAUGAUGAGCCGCUCAGGACUGGAGCAAAGUGUCGUGAGAGCCGCUUCAUGGCCCGCGUCUUGAGCUGAAGUGGGAUUGUUCAAGGAAGACAGGAGGAGAUUAAAGAAAAGAAGGAAAAACAAGCAUCUUUUCUUUUUUUUUUUUUUUUUUUUUUUUUGAUGGCUCCGAGGUGGAGGAGGACGACUACACAUGAGAGCUUGGACACAAAAAUGGAUAAAACUAUUGCUUGAAGCUCGCGGGGGGACUGCCUGGUGUGUUUUAGGCCUACUUGAUAACAGUGAAGUUGAAGGGGGGGGGGGGGAGAAAAAAUGAGAAAAUGGUGAUGUGGUACGAAGAAGGCGAGAAGAGGAGGAGGGAUAAAAUCGUCCAUGGGGAUCUGAGCAGCUGAAGAAUAACGGAAUCCAAGUUUUCCUGGACGAGACAGCUGCUUUGAUUAAAGAUCUCCAAUUAAGUUCAUGUGAACAACAGAGGGAGGAAAUCAGCUUCCUGGUCGAGGGGUGGGGGGGUGGGGGCUACAAAGAUAUAUUAUUCAUGCCUUGUGUUAGAGAAAUUGGAGAACUGGCUUUGCUGUGGCCUAGAUGAUAUAUAUUUAUAUGUAUUUUUUAAAAAAAGAUGAAACCUUAAGAGGAAGAGUGGACCUUGAACAGAGACGCAAAGACAGGGCGAAUGACACUCUUGUAGCCUCAAAGUAAAAGCACUUGCGCAAAAAGAAAAAGGCUGAAGUGGGUUGAAGCAUGGGCUGUGCUUCAAGUAUUCAUAUCUCUGAUAGGGUGGUCUACCACAGUGGAAAAGAGUCCGAGGAUUCCCACUCACCCCAGCAGACUAAUACCACUCAGCAUCAAGGAAAUCCUGCCUCUGGACUACCCCUAAAACCCCCGAGCUGCAAGACCACGUUAACAGAGGUGCAAUUUGGACCAAUGAAGUUAUUUAAAGACCCACUUCAGGUACUUUUAGUUUUUGCCAAAGAGGAUAGUCAGAGUAAUGGCUUCUGUUGGGCAUGUGAGAAGGCCAACUUCAGGUGCAGCAUGGCGCGAACACCCGAGUCGGCUCUUGAAUGCUUCUCGGAGAAGCAUCAUGACCUCGUCAUCAUUGACCACAGACAUUCCAGACACUUUGACGCUGAAGCACUAUGCCGGUCAAUUAGAGCGGUCAACUCUUCAGAAAACACUGUGAUAGUCGCUGUUGUGAAAAGGCCAGACAGAGAAGAAGCCUCUGUGAUGCCGCUGAUCAAUGCCGGCUUUAAUAGGAGAUAUGUGGAAAAUGCCAAUAUGAUGGCCUGCUACAACGAGCUGCUACAGUUGGAGCACGGAGAAGUGCGGGCACAGUUCAAACUGAGGGCUGGCAAUGCUAUUUUCACAGCUCUAGAACAAAGCCAAGAGGCCAUAGAGAUCACUUCUGAAGAUCAAAUAAUUCAGUAUGUGAAUCCUGCCUAUGAGUCCAUCAUGGGCUACCAACAAGGCGAGCUAAUAGGGAAGGAAAUAAUAGAAGUGCCUAAAAGUGAGAAGAAUAAGCCUGAUCUCCUUGAAACAAUAAACUCCUGCAUACGGAAAGGAAAGGAGUGGCAGGGGAUUUAUUAUGCCAAAAAGAAGAAUGGAGACAGCAUUCAGCAAAAUGUGAAGAUCACACCUGUACUUGGACAGGGAGGAAAAAUCAGACACUAUGUGUCUAUCAACAGGCCUUUAAAUGAUAAUAAUAAGAGUGAUAAAUCCAGCGAACGGGUGCAGAGUGCAGAGUCCCAGACAGACAUGCAAUCCAGUAAGCACAAAGACCGGAGGAAAGGCUCUCUCGACGUAAGAUCCACGACGUCCCGGGGGAGCGAUGGGAGCUCACAGCGGAGACACUCGUCAAUGGCCCGAAUACACUCCAUGACCAUCGAGGCCCCCAUCACUAAGGUAAUCAACAUCAUCAACGCAGCGCAAGAAAGCAGUCCUAUGCCUGUGGCGGAAGCCUUGGACCGGGUACUGGAGAUCCUGAGGACCACUGAGCUCUACUCGCCACAGCUGGGCACCAAGGAUGAAGAUCCCCACACCAACGACCUCGUGGGAGGGCUGAUGACGGAUGGUUUACGCAGAUUGUCAGGAAAUGAAUACAUCUUUUCCACAAAACAACCUCACCACAUCCCCAGUCACCUGACGACUCCUUUAUCAUUAAACGACAUCCCCCCUCGGAUUGCCCAAACCAUGGAGAAUGAGGACUCGUGGGAUUUCGACAUCUUCAACUUGGAGGCUGCAACCAUAAAACGGCCUUUGACCUACUUGGGCCUGAAGAUCUUCUCCCGCUUUGGGGUCUGCGAGUUCCUGAACUGCCCCGAAGCCACGCUGCGCUCCUGGCUGCAAGUGAUCGAAGCCAACUACCACUCCAGCAACUCCUACCACAACUCCACACAUGCGGCCGAUGUCCUGCACGCAACAGCCUAUUUCCUCUGCAAGGAGAGGGUCAAGCAAAGUUUGGAUCCCACUGAUGAGGUGGCUGCCCUGAUUGCUGCCACGGUGCACGACGUGGACCACCCAGGCCGCACCAACAGCUUCCUGUGCAAUGCAGGAAGUGAGCUGGCCAUCCUCUACAACGACACCGCGGUGCUGGAGAGUCACCACGCGGCGCUGGCCUUCCAGAUCACCACCAGGGAUGAUAAGUGCAACAUCUUCAAAAACAUUGAAAGGAAUGAAUAUCGAACAUUACGGCAGGCCAUCAUCGAUAUGGUCCUCGCCACAGAGAUGACCAAACACUUUGAACACGUCAACAAAUUUGUCAACAGCAUCAACAAGCCUCUGGCUGCUCUGGAGGAAAAUGGGGGUAACAGUGACGAAGAAUCUGUCAAAAGCAUUCUCACAUCCCCUGAAAAUCGCAUCCUUGUCAAGCGGAUGCUGAUUAAGUGUGCAGACAUCUCCAACCCAUGCAGGCCUCAGGAGCUCUGUAUAGAAUGGGCCGGGCGCAUCUCAGAGGAGUAUUUUGCACAGACGGAUGAGGAGAAGAGACAAGGUCUACCGGUGGUUAUGCCUGUGUUUGACAGAAACACAUGUAGCAUCCCAAAGUCCCAGAUUUCUUUCAUAGACUACUUCAUUACAGACAUGUUUGAUGCAUGGGAUGCUUUUGCAGACCUUCCCAAUCUUAUGCAGCACUUGGACAACAACUUCAAGUACUGGAAAGGCCUUGAUGAGAGGAAGCUGCACAGCCUGCGACCCCCUCCAGAGUAGGAGCUGCAGUGUGCAGCCCUGGGACCACACUGUCCGGGGCAGACCUCCUCUUUCCUGCUGGUGCGUCUCUCUCCCUGCCAGCCAGCCAAAGGGCCCCCUCGCCUUCACUCUCCUGCUUCUGUAGCACGCCGAGCGUCCACGUGUCCGUCCACGCAGAAACUACAGAAGGACUUCCUGACCGGCGGUCAAAGCUCGUCAGAUGAGAACUGUGACAGACGGACACGGACGCGCAGCAUCUUUCUGAACUUCUCGUGCCUCUCAGGCAUUCGCAGUGUAGCUGGUCAAGUGACAUGACAGAGAGAGAGAGAGAGAGAGAGAGAGAGAGAGAGUGCUCCCGGAAAAGCAUCCGUCCUCUGAUUACUACAUGGGCGCUCCCGUCUGCCUGUGAAGUUGCUGUUUUGAGAAAAAAACUGCGUGUUUACUGAAGGAGUGGAUGGUCUGCAUAUGAAGAUGUCCGAUCCACGUCAGGCCAUACAGUCACCUUUGACCUCCGUCCUGUUCUCGCGGCACGGCAGGACCUACUCCCUCAACCCCUGGAGGCCACAUCGAGAAAGAACACUCCACUGCUACUUUAGUUUUUGUUUUGUUUGUUUUUGGGGCAAUAUUUCCAUGACACACAGCUGUCGUCACAGAAGUAAGAGAGGAGUGUUUCCUCGCGGGUCAGGGAGUGGACUUUAAUUUCAGGCCACUGCUGAGAGACAAAAACCUCAACAUCGUGAUCAUAGGUAUCUAAUUACUGAUGAUUUGGUAUGUUAAUUUUUUUUUUUUUUUUUUUUGUAGAUGUUCCAUAUUUUCUAUAUUAAGAUUAAUAAAUGAAAUUAGUUGGUAAAUAAGAACAAAAUGAAUUUAAAAAGGAGAGAUAAAAGCCAAAGCUAAUGAAGACAAAUACUACUAUAACUCUCAAAAAAAAUUCACAACUAUUAUACAUAUGAAGCAUUACCAUAUUAAACAUUUUUAUUUUCUUAUCAGAAGUACAGUACCAGUUUGAAUGAACACUUUUGUAUUGCACUGUAAACAAUAUUAGAAAUGUCUACGUCUCAGUGAUUUGUCCAGGGGUGGGAUGUUGCAUUGGAGAAUAAGCUGUUAUUGUUGAUCAUCAGGAGUUUGCGUGUGUGCAUGUGUGGGUGUGUUUUGGUUGUUGGUGUGAGUGCGUGGGUGUAUUCAUUGUUGCAACAAUCCCUUACUUCUUGGUUUAAUGCUGUAAACCGCUUGACAUUUGACAACAGCAGAAAUAUGUGAAGACAUUUUGGACUUGAAAAUUUUUUCUCCCAGAAAUUUUUGUAUCUGGUUUAUCCUACUGAAAAGACUGCCUUAUUUUAUACAAUAUUUAUACAGUACAUCCCACUGUGCAACUGCAACAGACAUCUGGAGUUUUUAUUAUAACAUAGUCAGAAGGUUAUGUUCAAGUAAAUCUCAAUAUUUUUAUAGACAAUGAAUUUUACACUGGAUUUGCAGCAAAUGAGAUCAACCAUUAUAGCUAUCUGAAUACCUGUGAAUGGGAUGGUCACAUACAGCACGUAUACAGAGAAGUCAAUGGUUAAGAAGGAUGUGGAUCGCAGAGUUGUCUAUCACUGUCUUUAAGCAGUCUCCUAGAGGCCAGCUUGCAUUGAUUUUUGAUCAAACAUCAUUCUAUUUUGGCCACUUGUCCAACAUCCUUUAUGCACAGACCCAGGGAACGACUUUUUGUUCAAGGUUGGAUUCAGAUUAGGAUACUAAUAUAUGUUAAAGAUUGUUGCUUAUUAAGAAUAUUUCCUCCUUAAACAGUAUAUAAAUGCCAUAACAGCUAAGCAAAUGGUGGUUGAAAAUGUUUUUUUUGACCACAAUUAUCUUUGUUUCUCUCUUAUGACAGAAUUGUACACUCAAUCAGGGGAUUUGUUUCUUCCUUCUGAUUCACAUUUUGGUCUGAAGGCACGGAAAAAAAGUAGAAACUAUUCAAUGAAAAAUAAAAUAAUGUCAAAGAU